UUUGCUGAAAUUGUCUCAAAAAGAGCCAAGUUUAAUCUCCUUAAAGAAACACCAGUUCAGUCCAUGCAGUCCAUGUUUGGUAUGCUGUUCACCAGCAGAACUCAAGGAGGAUGGUAACGAUGGUUGUUAUGAGAUUAUUGAGCUAAAAUUCUGUUUAUGCAAGUCUUGUUUGGGAGAAGAUUCAUUAGCAGAAACCACAAAAGAUAAUUAUGGUUGUUUUGAGAUUGAGUUAGACUCCAGUUUAAACGACCCCUGUUUGGUUGAUGAUUCAUCAGCAGAACCCACAGAGGAUGAUGAAGAUUGUUUGAAAAAUCAGUUAGAGUUCAGUUUAAAGAACCCUUGUUUGGUAGAUGAUUCAUCAGCAGAUCCCACAGAGGAUGAUGAAGGUUGUUUAAAAAAUCAGUUAGACUCCAGUUUAAACGACCCCUGUUUGGUAGAUGAUUCAUCAGCAGAACCCACAGAGGAUGAUGAAGGUUGUUUGAAAAAUCAGUUAGAGUCCACUUUAAACGACCCCUGUUUGGUAGAUGAUUCAUCAGCAGAACCCGCAGAGGAUGAUGAUGGUUGUUUAAAAAAUCAGGAAGACAACAACAGUUUUGAGAUGGCUGAUCAAUCUUUGCUUUAUUUAUCUCAAAAUGAACAGUCUUCAAUCUCUUUUAAGAAACCUAAGUCCAUUUUAUGCAAACCCUGUCUGGUUGAUAAUUCAUCAGCAGAAGCCACAGAGGAUGAUGAUAGUAAUUUUAAGAAUCAGGUAUUUAGUUAUCAAUAUCAGGAUGGCAAAGAGAACUUUAAGGCUGUUCAACCUUCGCUUGAUUUGUUUGAAAAGAAAAAAUCUUCUAUCCCUUUGAAGGAAAUUAAGGAUAGCAGAGAGAACUUUAAGGCUGUUCAACCUUUACUUGAUUUGUCUGAAAAGAAAAAAUCUUCCAUCCCUUUGAGGAAACUUAAGGAUAGCAGAGAGAGCUUUAAAACUGUUCAACCUUCACUUGAAUUGUCUGAAAAGAAAAAAUCUUCUAUCCCUUUGAGGAAACUUAAGGAUAGCAGAGAGAGCUUUAAGGCUGUUCAACCUUUGCUUGGUUUGUCUGAAAGGAAAAACUUUUCUAUCCCUUUGAGGAAACUUAAGGAUGGCAGAGAAAGCUUUAAGGCUGUUCAACCUUCACUUGCUUUGUCGGAAAAGAAAAAAUCUUCUAUCCCUUUGAAGAAACUCAAGAUUCUCCUGGCUUUUCAGGAUAGCAGAGAGAGCUUUAAGACUGUUCAACCUUUGCUUGAAUUGUCUGAAAAGAAAAAAUCUUCUAUCCCUUUGAGGAAACUUAAGGAUGACAAAGAGAACUUUAAGGCUGUUCAACCUUUGCUUGAUUUGUCUGAAAAGAAAAAAUAUUCUAUCCCUUUGAAGGAAUUCAAGGAUAGCAGAGAGAGCUUUAAAACUGUUCAACCUUCACUUGAAUUAUCUGAAAAGAAACAAUCUUCUAUCCCUUUGAGGAAACUUAAGGAUAGCAAAGAGAACUUUAAGGCUGUUCAACCUUCGCUUGAUUUGUCUGAAAAGAAAAAAAAUUCUAUCCCUUUGAAGGAAUUCAAGGAUAACAGAGGGAACUUUAAGGCUGUUCAACCUUCGCUUAAUUUGUCUGAAAAGAAAAAAUCUUCCAUCCCUUUGAGGAAACUUAAGGAUAGCAGAAAAAGCUUUAUGACUGUUCAACCUUUGCUUGAAUUGUCUCAAAAGAAAAGUUCUUCUAUCCCUUUAAGGAAACUCAAGGAAAGCUUAAGUAUUCAGGAAGUAGAUCAGGACUCCCCAUUUUUAUUGUGUAUGGUGCCGUUACGAUCUUCAUCAAAAGAUUUCCACAAUUUAAACUUAUCAUUAAAUUAAUUAUUGCGUAUACGCUAUAAAUGAUUUAGUCAUUUAAAUGUAUUAGUAUAUUAUUAUUAAAACUUA